UUGGUGGGCUGUCUUCCCGCCAUUAAAACUCUCCUCCUUCUCUCUCCACCACGCCACGCCAACCCCACCUCUCUCUCUCUCUCUCUUCCCAGAUUUCAUUUUCUUUCUGGGUUUUUCAUUUUCCUCUCUCUCUCGAAACGACAACAAUUCUGGAAGGUCCUCUUCUAUCAAUAGGAGUUAGACCUGUAUAGCUUAGCCUCUAGGGUUUUCACCUUUCACACCCCCAGACUAGAAUCUUCAAAACCAAAAUUCACUCCUUGCACCCCGAAACCUCGAACAAAUUAGUGCCCAUUUCUAUCUGGUCCUUCCAAGCAAAGCAAAAAAGAAAGAGAAAGAGAAAGGGCGUUCUCAAUCCAUAAAUAACCUACCUGACCAGAGAGAGAGAGGGAGGGGGCGAUAAUAUAAUUCUGGUGCGGAUACAUAGAGCAGUGAUCAUCAUCGUCAUCAGAGAGAAAUUGAAGAAGAAGGAAGGUAUUAUCGAGGGAGGGAGACAUGAUGAAUGAUAGGAGUGGCAAGCCUGCAUGGCUAGAGAGGCUCAUGGCGGAGACAUUCUUUGGUGGGUGUGGGGUCCACCAGAAUCACAGGAAGAACGAGAAGAACGUCUUUUGCUUGCACUGUUCCCUCAGCAUCUGCCCCCACUGCCUCCCCUCACACCCCUCUCACCCGCUUCUCCAGGUGAGAAGGUAUGUGUACCACGACGUCGUUCGACUGGGUGAUCUGGAAAAGCUCAUUGAUUGUUCCAAUAUUCAGGCAUAUACGAUAAACGGAGCGAAGGUGAUAUUCUUAAAGCAGAGGCCACAGUCACGGCCAUGCAAAGGCUCCUCCAACGCCUGCUGCACUUGCGACCGCAUUCUUCAGGAUCCCUUCCUUUUCUGUUCUCUCUCUUGCAAGGUGGAUCACAUGUUGGAGGAAGGCGAGGACCUGUCUGGCAUUUUGCAUCAAUUCCAGGAAUCCGACUUCACCUACUCGCACUUCGAGGCUUCCAACUCCGCCUCCUCCGACCAGGAUUCCCAAAUUGCCCCUCCCUCCUCCUACGGCUCCUCCGGCAAUUCCGUCAUUUCACCUCUCCGCCUCCCUCGCCUUGUCCUCUCCCUCGGCGGUAGAAGGAAGGGCGCCCCACAAAGAGCCCCUCUUUCUUAGUUCUCCUCACCACUCCUAAUAAUUUAUUUAUAUUAAUAAGUUAGUUAAUCACGCCUCUUUAAUUAAUUACUUCCAAGUCCUCUUCCCUCUUAUUAUAUAUAUAUAUAUAUAAUAUUGAAUCAUCGAAUUUCAGGACCCAAAAAAUAUAUUACUAAUCACCAUAAAAUUAUGACCAAAUAAACGGCUUAUUCAGUUUUAGUUGUUAUUUUCGUCUCGUAACAUGCAUGAAAAAAAAAAAAGAAACCCGAAAAAAUUUAUGUGUAAUAUGUGCAUUUUCUAAUUUUUUUUUUAAAAUUUUAAAUUUCUCUGGUGGUUUUCGUUUGUUAGUUGCAUGUUAUUCAGGAGAUUUCCAUGUUCAUCUUCUUGUGUAGGUGGAUGUCAGGCUCUUCUGGUAUCCGCCAGUUUUGUGUCUGAUGAUGUAAUGGAAAUUUGAAGUAUGUAAUGUUUAUUACUGACAUUAAUAUAUUUGUAUCUUAGCAUGA